GUAACUUAGUUGAUAGGUCUGGGCCGUUGCCAACCAAUUUCUAGCUCCACUUAUAAUCUCUACUGUCCGUAAACUAUGCAUCCGUAAAUGUCAGGGCCUGGCCUUGGUACGUAUCGCGCUCAGGUAUCGCGCUCAGGUCAUUAUGUUGUUACCACAUGAUAUAUCAUGGCCAGGCGAGUAGUGGCCAGGCGAGUAAUUACCGGACCGACGUUGCGCCAUCAUUCCACGAGGGGAAGAACUACGAAGCCCCGCCCCGUAUUCUGGAAACACGAGAGAUAAGACGAAGGGACUCGGAUAUGUUCCCAGCUUUGGAGCAACGGGUCCGUCAGGGGUAGCGAGCGGGCAGCGAGCUGCGACACGGCACGCUUGGAAGUUCCCGCCGCUGCGACUAGCAGCUAGAGCAGCUGCGGCUGGCACAUGCAGGCUUUGCCACAGCCGUGCUGUUGGCGAGUAGUGAGCGUGGAGGCGAUUGAGGGGCGGCUGGGGCAAGGUGGCUCUACGGCAACAGCUUUAGCAAGCGGGGGGCCAACAAACGCAGCAGGAGCAGGUCAGCACACACGAAGCCGUCAGCCGUCAGCCCCCAAAGCAGUGAGCUCUGGACGUGUUCGGGCCUGCAUUCUCUUGGGUUGUCGCCUGUUGACGCUUCAGCUCCUCCUGGCAAUACAUACCGCCGGUGUGACAGUCGCAGCAUCAGAGGCGGCCGCGGGGUCAGCAGGUGCAGACGGCGCCACCGCCGCUGGGGCGCCGAGCGCGCUGGGCGCGGGCCCUAGCUGGGUACCCAGCAGCACCGCUGCUGUGGGAUUGGGCCAAAUAGCUUUCGUUGACCAGUCCGACUUCCCAUUCAAGGAGCAGCGGCGCACAAGGCAGCGGCCUCUCCGUGGCCCAACAGCUCAGCAAUUGCCGGCAACUGCUGGCGCCGUCGGCGGAUCCGGUGAUGAUGGGGACAUCAGCACCGCGGAACAAGCCGACAUAGGACAGCAGCCGAGUGGCUAUGAACAUAGCAGUAGCAGCAGCAGCAGCAGCAGCCGACGACGCAGCCUUGCAGGGGAGGCCGGUGCCCCAAGCAACACUGAGCGGGAAGCUGGCGAUGAUCAGGGCCCGGCGGACGGCGAUGACGGCGGCGACUACGGCGGCAGUGAUGAGGGGCAGGAGGAGGGCGGGGGAGCAGAGGCAGCAGCGGCUGCGUCCCCACCAGUGCUGCCCGCCGCGGCGCCCACAGUGGUGCUGCCAGGUACAUCGGCUUCCCUAGGGCCCACAAACCCGACAGCGGCGGGGGCGGAGCAGGCGCCAGUGCUGCACUCCCAACCGCAGCCCGCCGCGACAACCGCAGGCAACUCUGCGCCGCCCGGGUCUGUGGCCGGCGCCAGCGCGUCAGCGCCAGGAGCAGCAGGUCAUGCCGGCAGCAGUUCAGGCGGAGACAACAGCAGCAGCAGCAGAAGCAACGGCGGCAGCGCCACCGGCAGCAGCACCGGUAGCAGCGUGAGCUGGAGCAGCAGGCAUGCCGGCAGCGAGCACCGCGCCCCGCAGGGCACUGUCUCAAUGGUGGGCUGCCAGGCGCCGCCGCGCCCGCUGCCAGAUAAUUUGUUCGAGGAGUGGCAGUGCAAGGAGUUCCGCAAGAUGUGUGUGGACCAGCAGCAGUUCGUGUCGUACGACCCCCGGCACUACGGCCCCGAGGCAGUCCCGCUGCCGGGUUACGACGUACAUGAGGUCGUGUACAACCUUCCCAACCCGUACGGCAACGGCGACAAGUUUAAGACGGGCACUGCCCUGCACGUCGCGCCCGUGGAGGUGCGGCGCGCAGUGCCGGCUGAGGAGGCCUGCCCCGACCUGCAGCGGCCCGUGUUCAGCGCCUGUACCCACCCACUGGUGCUGUGGCAGAGGUAUAUGUUCAAUGUCGGCGAGACCUUUGAGAGCACCAUAGUCGGCAUGUACGAGGCGGCCGUGCUGGCUGCAGCAAAUACGACAGGCGGCGCGGGUAGCAGCAGCAGGGACAGCAACCACAGUGGCACUAGCAGCUCCAGUGAUGCAGGCGCGACCAGUGGUGGUGGCGGCGGCGGCGAUGGUGGUGGUCUGGACCCGGCCCUGAGCCUUGUUGUGGCCACGCCGCACGGCCUGCGCCUGCCCGCCUACUGGCAAUUGCUGGCGGGGCCGUUCUUCCGGAGGCAGGUGACAUCGCUAGCGGAGUUCUCAGCCCGCCUGCAUGUGCGCCAGGGGGGCAGCGGCGACGCCGCCGCCGCCGCCGCCGCGCCGCAGCGCAGCAAUGCCACGGCGGAGGGUCUGCACGUGCGCUGCUUCGAGCGCCUCACCAUGUGCCGCGUCGUGAAGCGCAAGCGGUAUCGCACCACGGCCGCCGGCGCGCACCUGCUGCGGCACUACCGCGACCGGCUGCCGGCCGUGAGCGACCUGUUUGACGUGGAGGGCGGCGACGCCGACACGCUCAAGGUGGUGAUCGCCUCCCGUUCCAACGCCACCAGUCGCUCCUUCCUGAAUGAGAAGGAGCUGUUGGACGCAUGCAACCGGCUAGACCCCGGGGAAGCCUACCGCGCUGCUAGCAUGAAUGGGACCAGCAGUCACAGCAAUAGCAGUAGCAGCAGUAGUAGCAACGGCAGUAGCAAGAGGCUCCAGGGGGCUCGGCCGGUUUUCCGGCGGCUCAAAUGCGUGCCGCACGUGUUCGGCCGCAACCCGAUGUACGACCUGUCCCUCGCCAAGUCGCUGGACGUGCUGGUGGCCACACACGGCGCCGCGGGUUACCACUCCUUCUUCAUGAGCCGCGGGGCCAGCUUCGUGGAGGUGCUGCCUCUGGGCUUUGGCGCCAAGUGGGCCAACGUGUACUAUGCACGGAUGUUGGAGCUGGACAAGAAGGUGUUUUAUUGGGCUAUUUACAUUAGAAACUCCUCAAAUGCUGAGGACUCGGCACUGCAGACGUGGCCCACCUUCCGCAAGGCCGUGCGCGCGAGGGAGCGGCACGUGCGGCUUCCGUGGGAGGCGCUCAAACAUCACCUGACAGCCAUCCUGCAGAUUGGAGCCAGCCCCGCCGCCUACAAGGCAGCCUACGCCGCCGGCCGCCAUGUCAUCAGUGACGGGCUCAAGCGGCUGCCGCACCGGCCCAAGGUCAACGACAGCGGCUGGGUGAACUACACCGCAGGGGAGGCGGUGCGGCAGGCGAGGCUGCGGCUAGCCUGAUGGAUUCUUAUGGAUUCGGGUUGCACACGCUUAUGCAGUGAUGGUUGCGCUUGUCGUGGGACAGCUCCGCAACCGUGCGGCGUGUUGGUGAGAGAUGCCACGCAAAAGGAAGGACAAGAGCUGAGGCUGACAGGCUCAGAGGCUAGGGUCGGGUCAAAUGUCGGGGACGUUCGUGCUCGUACAGCUGAUAGAGGUUACAUGUGGGACGACAGCCGUGGACUAAGCCAGGGCCCCAAAAACGUACGAGACACGCACGCUCACCCGAGGAGAGAUCCCCGAAUGACCCCCAUGCUCCUCGCCUCCGGAGAGGGGAGGAACCCCAGGCCCGGCUCACCGCAAACGCUAGCGCUGCUCACCUAAGCCGUGGGUCGGCGUCAUAAGACUACCUCUUGCGAGUCCCUAAGCUGACAAGCUAGGGUGAGGCCGGUGGCGAGUCCGCUGUUGGCCCUACCAAGAUAACCCC